AUGAUGUGGCAUCGCUACCUGAGUACAGCAUCGCGAACCAUUCGGAGAGUAACCCUAGCCCUAUGUGAACUGAAAGAUGAGGUUAUCAAGUUCCCUGAAACUCUGGAGAAAGUGAGAGACACCCAAGUUUCCUUUUUUGAGGUUGCAGGAUUUCCGAAUAUUGUUGGGGCGAUCGAUGGAACUCAUGUUAAUCUCCACGGAGCACCUCUAGGAGAAGAGGAGUACAUCUAUGUCAAUAGAAAAGGAAGGCAUUCAAUAAAUGUUCAGUUGAUUUGCAAUACCCAAUACAAGAUCACGAAUGUUGUCGCCAGGUGGCCUGGUAGCACCCAUGACAGUAGGAUAUUGAGGAACAGUGCAAUUGGACAGCGAUUCGCUAAUGGUGAACUUCAGGGAAUCUUGUUGGGGGAUUCAGGUUAUCGUUUGGAAAGAUGGCUCAUGACACCUGUGAGAGAUCCACACACAGAAGCUGAAAGGAGAUACAACAGAGCUCAUUGCCGAACCCGGGUCGUCAUCGAGAUGGUCAACGGCCAGUUAAAGAAUAAACUAAGAUGCCUCAUUGCGUCUGGCCUCCAACUAUCCCCUGAAAGAGCAUGUGAUGUAAUAGUUGCAUGUUGCGUUCUGCACAAUGUAAGCAAGGAUCUCAGGGAGCCAAAUUACCAUGAAGGAGGGGAAGAAGAUGUUGAAUUACCACCCAUUGACCAAGCUUAUGAUCCUGUAGGAGAAGGAGCAGCUACUAGGAGAGACAUUAUCGAUACUUAUUUCACCUAGAGUUCACUUUUCUAUUCUGGAAUUGAGGUGUCACUAUUGCAUAUAUUCAUAUUAGAAUACCAAUAUUUACCCUUUAUGCUGAGUGCAAUAUAUUAGAUCCUUUAUAAUCCAAUUUUCAAAGAUUUGGAAUAGCAAUUGAAAUAAACAUCCAAACCUACAAAAUUUUACAGAUCAAAGUUUGCAACAGUGAUGGAAAUUUAGAA